CUCUCGAAUCCUUUGGAUCACGCCUUUCUAAUUACUGUUCUCCGUCUGCGUUAACAUUUGCCACGCACGUCCUAGUCUACUUGAUAUCGCAGGAACAUUCUUAAAACGGAGAGAAAGCAGGAUGUGGUUCUUCAAAAGCAAGGCGUCGCCACCGCCGGCAUCGUCAGAGUCAGACGUUCACAAGGAAAAUGUGGACACCACCAAGAGCAGUGACGACAGUGUGAAGACCAGCGAGUUUUCCGAUCCUCCACUCACUGUCGCCCAGCGUCUCGAUCAGCUCAAGUGGUCGCGCUGGCACACACAGGUCACCUUCAUUCUCGGCACUGGCUGGGCUCUCGAUGCCUUCGAGACCUCCAUUGUGUCCGGUGUCAUGAGUCUGCUCAAGCACCACUUUGGUGUGACCAGCAAGGAUGCAACCAACAUCACCAUGGUGUGGAUGGCAGGCGCCAUGGUCGGUGCCCUUGGUUUCGGCUCAUUCGCUGAUAGAUUUGGUCGCAAAAAAUCGUUCAUCGGCACGCUCUGCAUGUACUCGCUGUUCACUGUCAUUACAGCCGCCUCGGCCAACUUCCCUAUGUUCCUCGCAUUCCGGUUCUUCACAGCCAUCGGUGUUGCUGCCGAGUACACUGCUGUCAACUCGACCAUCUCCGAGUUCAUCCCUGCCCGGUACCGCGGUACUGUAAACACCUUUGUCAUGUCCACCUGGGCAGUCGGCGCUCUGCUGUCGUCUGCAAUUCAAAUCCCGCUUGUCAACCACACGUCCGAUAAUGUCGGAUGGCGUGUCGGCAUGGCAAUUGGCGCCCUUGCUGCUCUGUUCGUUCUGUGGGCGCGUACAAAGCUGCCCGAGUCGCCGCGCUGGCUGAUCACCCAGGGGCGGUACGAGGAGGCAAUCAAGCUGGUCAGUGAGAUCGAGGCCAUAGCCAAGCAGCCGCUGACCGACACACGCGUCAGCGUGGAAGAUCUUGCUUUGGCCGAUGCGGUUCAGGCAAAGAAGACCUUUGUUGAUAACCGUCCUUUCUUGCAGCGGGUUGGCUCCAAGAUCAAGAACCUCACCGUGAUCCAGUGCGUGAUCCGGUACCCGUUCCGCUGCGCAUUCGCCGCCAUCCUCAACCUCUCCCAGGCGUUUGGUGACUACGGCAUGAGCAACUUUUUGUCUCUGGCGCUGUUGCCUAUGGUAAACAUCCCCGACAAGCGCAUGCCGUUCUUCUACGCAAUGGCCAACCUCACGACACUGCCAGCGGGAUUGCUGUGCGCGUACCUGAUGGACAAGGUCAACCGCAAGAUCUUCAUUCCAUGCAACUACAUUUUGGCCAUCAUCGGGUGCGCGACUCUGCUGCCAGCAGCCAACUCUGGCAGCGGAAACAACGUGCUGGGUGCCUAUUGCUUCUACCAGGUCGGAUACACGUUCGCGUGGAUUACAGCGUACCCGACCUUCACUGAGAUCUUCCCGACGGAGCUGCGUGCAUCAGGUGUCGGCAUUGCUGUUGCCUUUGGCCGGAUUGCUGGAGCGGUCGCACCGCGCAUUCUUGUCACAGUGUUUGAGAACACGGGCGGCGGACAGAACGUUGGCGGUGCUCUGGGUGUCACCUGUGGAUUCUUUGGUCUGGGUGUCCUGAUCUCGAUUCCCUGGUACUUCUUUGGUGUCGAGGGUCGCGGUCGUACGCUCGAGGAGAUGGCGGGAACUGCUGCCGAGCAGAAGGAGAUCAUGAAGCGAGAGGCUGCUGAGAAGGCUACAAAAGCGUGAAGGCAUAGGUGGGGUCUGUCAACACAGAUCUUUUAUUUUCCAGGAUGUGCUGACUCAGUGCCCACAUGCAAUGUCUCUAAAAUUACUUUAAUAUUAAUAUUUU